AUGAACAGCCGGCAGUGGAGGCGAUGGAACCGCCUGUUCCGCAGGAAGUGCCGCGAGGUGGUGAAGUCCAAGUUUUUCUAUUGGCUGGUGAUCCUGCUCAUCUCGCUGAACACCCUGUCAAUCGCCUCCGAGCAUCACUGGCAGCCCGAGUGGCUGACCCGUGUGCAAGACAGCGCCAACCGGGUGCUGCUGGCGGUCUUUGCGGCCGAGAUGCUGCUGAAGAUGUAUGCGCUGGGCCUGCGCCAGUACUUCAUGUCCCUCUUCAACCGCUUCGACUGCUUCGUGGUGUGCGUCGGCAUCCUGGAGAUUAUCCUGGUGGAGAUCAACGUCAUGUCACCCCUGGGCAUCUCCGUCCUGCGGUGCAUUCGCCUGCUGAGGAUCUUCAAGAUAACCAGGUACUGGACCUCUCUGAGCAACCUGGUGGCAUCCCUGCUAAACUCGGUCCGCUCCAUCGCCUCCCUGCUCCUCCUCCUCUUCCUCUUCAUCAUCAUCUUCUCCCUGCUGGGGAUGCAGCUCUUCGGCGGGAAGUUCGACUUUGAAGACAUGGAGGUGCGGCGCAGCACCUUCGAUAACUUCCCCCAGGCGCUCAUCAGUGUCUUCCAGAUCCUGACCGGAGAAGACUGGAAUUCAAUCAUGUACAAUGGGAUCAUGGCUUAUAAAGGGCCCUCCUUUCCCGGUGUGCUGGUAUGCAUUUACUUCAUCAUCCUCUUUGUCUGCGGGAACUAUAUCCUGCUCAAUGUCUUCCUGGCCAUCGCUGUGGACAAUCUGGCCGAGGCCGAGAGCCUGACGUCGGCCCAGAAAGCCAAAGCCGAGGAGAAGAAGCGGAGGAAAAUGUCCAGAAGUUACCCAGAGAAAUCUGAGGAGGAAAAGCUCCUGCUGGCCAAGAAGCUGGAGCAGAAAGCCAAGGCUGAAGGAAUCCCCACCACAGCCAAGUUAAAAGUGGACGAGUUUGAAUCAAACGUGAAUGAGAUCAAAGAUCCCUACCCUUCUGCUGACUUCCCAGGUGACGAUGAGGAAGAUGAGCCUGAAAUCCCCCUGAGACCUCGGCCACGCCCCCUGGCAGAGCUGCAGCUCAAGGAGAAAGCAGUACCCAUGCCCGAAGCCAGUGCCUUCUUCAUCUUCAGCCCAACCAACAAGAUCCGAGUGCUGUGCCACCGAAUCGUCAACGCCACCUGGUUCACCAACUUCAUCCUGCUCAGCAGCGUCUCCCUGGCGGCUGAGGAUCCCAUCCGGCCUGUGUCCUUCAGGAACAAGGUUCUGGGAUAUUUUGACAUCGGCUUCACCUCCGUGUUCACAGUUGAAAUAGUCCUGAAGGUGGCCAUGCCUGCUCCACGCACCAGGCGAUCCCCCGCUUGGAGCAAGGCUGAGCUGCUCGACCUCAUCAGCAUUUGGGGAGAGGAGGUUGUUCGGUCCCAGCUGCGCUCCAGCUGUAGGAAUUAUGGACACAUUUCACAAUGUAUGACAGAAAGGGGCCGUGACCGGGACACACUGCAGUGCAGGGUCAAAGUGAAGGAGCUGUGGAAUGCCUACCGCAGGGCGUGGGAGGCAAACUGCUGCUCCGGUGCUGUGCCCAUGAGCUGCCGGUUCUACAAAGAGCUGGACGCGAUACUCCGCAGCGACCCCACCUCCACUGCUAACACCACUGUGGAUACUUCGGAGGCUCGCGUGCCAGUGGAGAAUGGACCAAGCCAGGAGGAGGAAAUCUUGGACGAGGAUGUGGAGUGA